AUGAAUCUGGACCGCAAAAUUCAUGAACGAAUGAAUGAGGCCGCUUGUAGUAGGGUGCCUCGCGACAACGGCACGCCUAUGCAGGUGUUCAAGGCGCUGGGAGGGAAAUUAGGUAACUUGAACGCGUGGAUGAGCUGGAACGGAUUUGCCAUACAGUUAUUAUUGGCACUAUGUAUUUCCGGAGUAACCAGCGACCAUAAAGACAAAUCUGUGAUAACUUCUCUUGCCUCAAAAUGGAAUUCAACAUCAAUAGUGGCUGAGACCAGCGAAUUUAUCGCAAAAGAAGAUGGAUCCUUAUUUUGGAAGUUUACCAACGACAUAGCUGCGAAAUCCUCAAAGUUGGAUUGGGGCAAAGCUAGUGAUGAGCAAAAGUAUGAGUUUGCUGUGGAAGUAGCCGCAGGAAUUCUCGAUGAAGCUUCAUUGGAUAUCUUGAAACUCUCACUUUCCUACAGAAUGUUUUCUCCUGCUGUUCACCUUUUCCAUCAGAUUGCUUCCGAUUACUCUAUGGAUUGUGCGGCUUUCUUCGACGUGCAUGGUACCACCGGGUGCACUGCAAAAGGAUUAGAGGACGCCGUAGAUUCUGCAUCACAAAGGGAGAUACCAGAGCUGUUAUCCACCGAUCAUGUUUAUGGGAAAGAAACGUCGCCGAAGGUAGUUGUCAUCAUAUACGGUGACAUUGGUACUCAAGACUGGUUGGAGCUGCAUAAUAAAGCUUUUGAACUGUCAGCAUCUCAUAAAGCACAGUACGUGCUGCGGCAUUUCCAGAAAAACACGAUAGAUGCACGUCCUGUUUCGCUGUCAGGAUAUGGUGUCGAACUUGCUAUCAAAAAUACGGAGUACAAGGCUGUAGAUGACAGUAACGAGAAGAAAGAGGAGGCGGAGGAGAGCAGUCUCCAUGGUUUCAAUUUCAAACUCCUCAAAGAGCUCCAUCCUGAUGCCAUUGAAUCAUUGGAUGCCUUCCGCACUCAUUUGAAAGAAUUUGAAGAAUUAGCACCUUUAAAGCAAUGGCAGGUUCAGGAUCUCUCAUUCCAGGCGUCCCAACGCAUUGUCAAUGAAGGUGCUUAUCACGCCCUUGAAACGUUGAAGGAGUUGUCCCAGAAUUUUCCAACGCAUGCAAGAUCCAUAGCGCGCGAGAGCGUUUCACGCGAAUUGAGGCAGGGUAUCGAGCUGAAUCAAAAGGAACAUCUCUCCGAAGCCGGACUGAGCCCUGGGGAGUCAAUGCUGUUUUUGAAUGGGAUUGGUCUCGAUGUUGACAGCUUGGACAUGUUCCAACUCGUGGAUACCAUAAAGCAGGAGGAGCGUGUUGCUUCUGGCUUCUCGAACAUGGGUUUCCAGCGGGAAUACCUCUCUAUCUUGACUGGAAUGGAGUUUUCUGAAGAAAAAGGCAGGUAUGCGGUUGACUACAGAGAUGCAGAUCUUGUGUAUCUCAACAACCUUGAUACCGAUAAACGUUACAAACACUGGAGGAACAGCGUCAAGUUGCUGUUGGAGCCCUACUAUCCUGGCAUGAUUCGCCCAAUUGCACGGAAUCUCUUCAACUUGAUUUUUGUUGUGGAUCCCGCAGAGCGUAACGGCAGAAACCUUAUGCAGAUAGCAUACUCAUUCUUCAAGCACGAAAUUCCUCUACGGAUUGGGUUAAUCUUUGUUGUCAAUGACGACAAGAAAGUAAGCGGUUUGGAAGACAGUGGCGUCGCAAUCCUUAAUCUGUUCAACUUUCUUGCCAUAGACAGCACCAACCACGAAGCACUCAAAAUAGUUAACGAGAUGCUAGACCAGUAUCGUACGCAAGACAGCAUUGAUCCUGCUGAUAUCAAGAGUUGGUUCGAGGACAACUACAGUGACGCCGAUUAUAAGGAUGUGUUUGGUCCGAACACUGACUAUGAUCGCGGAAAAACGGGUGGUAUGGAGUUUUUGAGGAAAUCUGCCAUAGGCAAAGCUCCAAAAGUGCUUCUCAAUGGUUACAUACUCGACGAUGCUGGCAUCACUGGUGAUAAGUUUGAAGAGACUGUUAUGAUGGAAGUGAUGCGCAUUACUCCAAAGCUGCAAACUGCUGUGAUCAACGGUCAACUCAAAGACCGCUUGAACGUCGGCAACUGGAUAAUGGAACAAAAAGAUGUUAUGCCACGUCACAAUGAGCGUAUUUUGAAUGCUGUUUCCAAGAAAAGCAUUCUAGAUCUCUCGUCCCCCUCAGAUUGUAAAGUAAAAGAGUAUGCGGAUUUUGCCAAGUUGAGCACUCCGCAACAAACACAGUGUGUAUUAAGUAAUAUGAAGUACUUCAAGAAGAGUGGAAAGGAUUCGACGGCAAUUCUCACAUUGUGGGUCAUUGCUGACUUGGAUGAUUCGAAAGGACGUGAACUCGUUGACAGUGCUCUGAAACGAAUAAGCAGGAGUAAUAAGAUUCGUCUCGGACUUAUCAUGAAUCCCAAAGACGAAGAGUUAUCUCGCGAAGCAAACAGUCUCACAUCACUGGUUCAUGCAGCAGUUCAACUUCUUCCUCAUGAGCACGCCAGGGAUUUCGUGGCCAAGCUCAUGAAGCUGGAAAACGUGGAGGACAUCCGUGUUGGUUCCAAGAAUGUGAAAAGUCUUCUCAACAAGGAAGUCAACUCCGAACGUUUUGAUAAAGAACGAAAAAGUUUAUCAUAUGACCGCAUCAUUAUGGACAGAUUGUUCGCCCAGGAGUCGGUUGGAUUGUUACCUGGUCAAAGGGCUGUUGUGGCCAAUGGAAUCGUUGUGGGUCCAUUUGAGGAGGAUGAGGAAGUAAUUGACGCUGAUUUCGAGUUGCUCGAGAAGAUCUUCGAGUCUCAAGGAGCAAGUGUCAUCGCAGAAAACGUCGACAACUGGAAGGUUGCUAAGGAAGAUGGUUUUUCAUCGGAUAUUGUGAUGCGUGCUUUUGCCUUGAUUUCGAAAUAUGCUGUUCAACGCAGAAGAACAUGGGUUGUGCUGGGAGAAGAUGAGCAUAGCACCGUGACGCUUCCUGCGGAAGAUUCCAAUAGACCUGUCAUGGACGUCGUUGCUGUCGUGGAUCCUCUAUCUGGAAGUGCUCAGAAGCUUGCACCAAUCCUCGAUCUAUUGCGCAAAGCGGUGAAUUGUGAUUUGAAGAUUGUGCUCAAUCCAAAAGGGAAACUCAGCGAGCUACCUCUCAAAAGAUUUUACCGAUAUGUCGGAGCACCUGAACUGCAAUUUGACGAGGCUGGCAACGUAGCCGCGAAUCAAGCUAAAUUUACAAACCUGCCAUCAAAGCAAUUGCUUACUCUUUCUGUUCAUUCUCCAAAUGCUUGGAUGGUCGAGAGUGUCUAUGCCGAAGCUGAUCUUGACAACAUUCGAAUGGAAUCGGCCCAGUCUGAUGUUCUUGCCGAGUUUUCGUUGGAGCACAUCCUCCUAGAAGGGCAUUGCUUCGAUGAGGUAUCCGGUUCACCUCCACGUGGACUGCAAUUUGUGCUGGGGACCCCUGCACAUCCGACAAGGUUCGAUACUAUCGUGAUGGCUAAUCUUGGAUAUUUCCAACUGAAGGCCAGCCCUGGGGCAUGGAUACUGCAGAUGCGAGAAGGGAAAUCCAAAGAUAUAUACCAAUUAUCAGAAAGCAUGGAAGGUGACGUUAACAGCAGCGGAUCAAUGCGGGUACUUAUAGACUCGUUUUCUGGUAAAACUAUACGCGUUCGAGUGGCAAAGAGACCAGGAAUGGAGCAGCGUAGUCUUCUGGCUAGUGAUGACGAAGAGAGUGGCGGUAUCUGGAGCACCAUUAGUAACACUCUGGUACAAGAAAAGCACAAAGUAAUCAAUGUAUUCUCCCUGGCGUCCGGUCAUCUCUAUGAAAGGUUCAUGAAUAUAAUGAUGUUGUCUGUUAUGAAGCACACUAAAAAACCUGUAAAAUUUUGGCUUCUUAAAAACUACCUCUCACCUCAGUUCAAGAAAAAUCUCCCAUUGCUGUCAGCUGAAUACGGGUUCGAAUAUGCUUUAGUAGAGUACAAAUGGCCUCGAUGGUUACAUCAGCAAAAAGAGAAACAUAGAAUUAUGUGGGGGUACAAGAUUCUUUUCCUGGAUGUUCUGUUUCCUCUCGAUGUACAGAAGAUCAUAUUUGUUGAUGCUGAUCAAGUUGUUCGAGCAGAUCUUAUGGAACUAAUGGAAUAUGAUCUAGGAGGAGCACCAUACGGUUAUGUCCCAUUCUGUGAUAGCCGCAAGGAAAUGGAUGGAUUCCGAUUUUGGAAGCAGGGCUACUGGGCAAAUCACUUAGCCGGAAGGCGUUAUCACAUUAGCGCUCUCUAUGUGAUAGACCUGCAAAAGUUCCGUCAAAUAGCUGCCGGCGAUCGUCUUCGAGGGCAGUAUCAAGGCCUCAGCAGCGAUCCUAACAGUCUAUCUAAUCUUGAUCAGGAUCUUCCUAACAACAUGAUUCAUCAAGUGAAGAUCAAGUCGCUUCCACAAGAAUGGUUAUGGUGUGAGACGUGGUGCGAUGAUGCCAGUAAGAGCAAAGCAAAAACAAUUGAUUUGUGCAAUAAUCCCAUGACAAAGGAGCCCAAAUUGGAAUCUGCAAUUCGAAUUAUCCCAGAAUGGAGGGAUCUCGAUGAAGAAGUAAAAAGGGUGCUAAGAAAAGAAAAGGCUAACAUUACGUCUACUGCGGCGCCUACCCCAGACGAGCAUGCUGAACUGUGAUCAGUAAUUGUUAUGUUAUUUAUGAUGUCUCUUUGUUUCAUAGUAAACUUCAAUUGGGUGUUUAUUUUAACGUUAGAAGCGUCGUGUCACAUCUAGAGUAUGUAUGACUAUAUUUCAAAGAGAUAGACCGUUUGACAGUCACUCCUAGUGACUAAAAAUUUUGUAGGAAUCAUAUUAUAUCUUAUAAGUUAUCCUAUUUCAAGAAAUUUCGGUUUCUGUAUUCUUAAACAUAUACAGGGCCUUCGAUCGUGACGAUGGCGCGACCGCACGCGACAUGCACGCAUCUCCCGGCAACCGCAUUUUCUAGGUUUGACAUCCGAAGAGAGUAAGCUGAGAGUUGAGGUGAUGCCUUCCUUAGUGUUUUCUGCUCCAGUGGGCGCAAAGACCGCAGUCAAAUCCGUCGUCACGAUUUUACGAACAACUUAUAGAAGAAAGUAUAUUUUAGUAGUGGGUCAAGCGC